ACAACAACAAAUAAACAAUUUACCUAGAAAAAGAGGUCGCUUUGCAGCUCAAGAGGAGGAAACACAUGAAAUAACUGAUAUGCAAGACGAAUUCACAUUAAGAACUUGUAAGGAAGAUGAAAUCAUAAAUGAACAAAUUAAAAAAGUAUAUACUAAAAAUUCGAGAACUACUCUUUGGAGACAAAAUAAAAAGAAAAGAGAGGAAGAAAACACAAGGGAAAAUUGA